UCUCGUAAGAAAGUGAGAGUGAGAGACCAAGUAGCUUAAAGGACCAUUAAAAGAUCAAUUAAUUAAUCAUGUUCAAGUCGUGCAAUAUAAUAAUGAACUCGUUAUUAAGAAGAGCUGCGACUAUACGAACGCCCUUGGUGACUGUAGACAGGAGAUUAAGUUACGUCGAUAGAGUGAGAUAUCUGCAGAAACUAAAAGAAGAAGACACAGUUUGCUUAUCACAAGUGCCCAGAGGCAAGUUUCUAGUCUACAGCCGCAGUAAACCCCUUAUACGUGUGGAUAAAGCCAACACUGAUAAUGCUCUUGUGUGGUUAUCAUAUGGAGAUUUGAUUAAAUAUCACUCCGAAGUUUUAAACUCCUGUGUCUUGCUAGAUGUUGCUGAAGAUGGGACACCAAGAUACAGUGUGCAGGUUGGAGCUCUGGCAACAGAAAUACAGGAACAGAUGGAAGAUUCUACCAGUGCCUCCUUUACUGAUUUGCGAGCAGCCCUUUUCAUGGUCAACUGGAAGGAAGCCCAUGUCCUAUCCAGGGCAAAUUGUGUCCUGAUGUGGAAUAAGAACCAAGCCUUUUGUGGUAAAUGUGGCUCACCUACUCAGAGAAAUGCUGCAGGCUAUUCUCGAAAGUGCAGCAGCUGUGGGAUGACACACUACCCAAGCUCUAGUCCAGUGGGCAUAGUCUUGGUCACAGACCCUGAGGAGGAGAACAUUAUCCUUGUGCGACAGCCACGGCACCCACCUGGGAUGUACUCGUGUAUUGCCGGCUUCUCUGAUGUGGGGGAAAGCCUAGAGGAGACAGUUCGCCGAGAGGUUGCGGAAGAAGUAGGAGUAGAAGUCUCGUCCGUGAAGUACGUUGCAUCUCAGCAUUGGCCGUUCCCAGGCUCGCUCAUGGUCGGUUGCUUCGCAUUGGCAGAAAGGCAGGAGCUUUCCAUCGACCCCCAUGAACUGCAAGAUGCACACUGGUUCAGCCGUGACGAGAUCACAGCUGCCAUUGAGAGAAUCCAAACAAACCCUCUGCUGAGACUGAGAGGCAACCCCUCUGGCGAACUUUUCAUCCCUCCCCCAGGUGCCAUAGCCUACCACCUCAUAGCACACUGGCUUAAGCGCACACCUGUUCACGAGAUAUACCAACAUAUUUACUGAGGGCUUUGUAAGGGGCAUGUUGAAAGUAGUGGCUUAAGAGCAGUGGCUUGUUCUUAUGUUAGGUUUGUGUUAAAGGAUGCCAGCUGUGUGGUUCAUAAUGUAAAUGAUGUAUAGAUAAAACUGUACCAAGUGUAUUAUUUAACUGCUGUUUUUAAGGCUCUUUAUUUUUCUUAUGUAUCAGAAAAAAAGUAUUUUAAUAUAUUUAGAUUUUGGAAAACAAAUGUUUUGUUUUUUGUUAUUCAGACAUCACUUAAGCUGAUAAGUGUUUGGCACAUGUUAAAUCUUUCUUAAUUAUGGAUAUAUCUCUUUCAUCAGUCAUUAAUAACAAAGAUAUAAUUGCUUUGUUGGGUUUGUAUUUUCCCUCCAUCUGGCCAAAGGUGCUGUUAAAAUUCUUUUAUAUCUUUGUAAAUGAGAUCUGGAAUUUAUCCGGAAUACCCAAAAGGGAAUAUUAGUAAUAGUAGUACUAUGGUAGCAUAUUACUAGUGGUGUUAGAGUAGAAGAAUUGAAGAGGAAUUAUAAUAUAUAUGUAAAUAACUUAGUUGUGUAGAGAACAUGGGAGGGAAAUUCUUUACCAGUAGUAUUUAUUGUCAGUAUAAGGUUAUCAUCGUUAAAUCUUCACUUUUGUUAGCAGAUAGUACAAAAUACAAAGACUUGAGCAUCUUGUAGACAUUUAGUGCACUGGAAAUUGCUAAGAGAUUUAGAUCAAGCUCAAGAAUUAAAGAGAAGAAACUGAAAACAGGAUUUGUUUACAUUUCUUUUGGGCAUUGCAUUCUUAAUAGGGUUGUAAAGGAUUUUUAUUGUCAGCUCCCAAUCAUGACACAAAGUAUUUACUCAAUUUUAAUGCAUGAGAGGGUGUUUUGAUUGUGUUUUGUAUUAUGUACAUAUUGCAUAUUUUAUUUUUUCAGACUGGAAAAAGUUGUUUUGAAAUGGGAUUUUAGGUCAAGUGAUUUAAUUUUAUUUCAUAUUUUUCCUCACAAGUUUGGAAGCAGUUUAUUCAAGGUAAAAAACAAUAUUUGUUUGCAACUUUUGGAACUUUAUAGUUUAGAAAGUCACAAUAAAUAAAGUUGGAAGUUUUCCUCAAAAUGUUGAAAUGGCAGGAGUAACUUAGGAUUCACUUUCCAUAUUCCAAAAAAAAGCAAAAAUAAAAAAUAAUAAUAAGGAUAAUAAUAAUAAUAAAGUGUUAAUCUGAACAUUUUGCUACUUUUUAUUAGGAAUGAUGGUGAAAGUUCCAUGUUUGAAUACAAAAGGCUCAAGAAGGCAGUUUCAUAUGUACAAUGUUUUUAUUAAUGAAAACAAAUUGAACAGUAAUUAACCCAAUGCUGCUGGGGAAGAUGCUGUGCUCUCUCUCUCUCAGUUAGUAGACUUUGUGACCUGAUUUCACCUUUCCUUGAAUUGGUGGGAAUUAUU